GUAUAAUUUACAGUGUGUGGUGGCUUUUGCUUGAGCUCUGCUGCUAGAAGAAAUGGGUACUUAUCGAUUCCAAGAUGGUUUCGGGACAUUCCAACAGCAAUCAGAAAGUGAUUUCGACAAGUUCAACGAAGAAGCUAAUUCUGCUAUGAAAUGGGCAGUAGCUGGAUCUAUUAUUCUUGGUGUAAUAUCAACUGUAGCAAUUGUAGCUAUAGUUUAUGCUAUUAUUGAUUGCUUGAAGAAAGCAGGAAGUGCAAUUCCAAAUUAUGCAAGAAUUGCUACAAGUGAGAUUAAUCAUACAGCUUCAAAGAAAAAACCUUCAUCAAUUGAUAACCACAUAUCCAUACCAAUUGAUCCACAAGACUCACAAAUUCAAUUUCCAACAAUAGAAAGAUUCCUUAGCAAUAUGGCAAGAGAGAAACCUAUUAGGUUCUCACCUCAACAAAUUGAAGAAUUCACUACUAAUUGCUCCACCAUAUUAGGAUCAGGAGGCUAUGGAGUCGUCUUCCAAGGCGAGCUUCCAAAUGGAGUGCCAGUUGCCGUGAAAAUUCUCACAAACCAUUCAAGAGAUAAAAAGUUGGAAGAACAAUUUAUGGCAGAAGUUAGUACUAUUGGAAGAACGUACCAUGCCAAUCUUGUUAGACUCUAUGGCUUUUGCUUCGACCACUCAAUGAUGGCUCUUGUUUAUGAAUAUAUGGAUAAUGGAUCUCUUAAUAAAUUUUUGUUCGACGAAACCAGAGAGAUAGAAUGGGAAAAGUUACGCGAGAUUGCUAUAGGAACUGCGAAAGGUACAGCGUAUUUACACGAGGAGUGUCAACAAAUGAUUAUACAUUACGAUAUAAAACCUGAAAAUAUACUUCUUGAUGAUAGUUUGAACCCUAAGGUUGCGGAUUUUGGUCUUGCCAAGUUAUGUAAUAGAGAAAGUAGUAAGGAAAACUUGAGUGGCGGUAGAGGAACACUCGGAUAUUCUGCGCCGGAAGUAUGGUAUAGGAAUUAUCCGGUGACUCAUAAGUGUGAUGUUUAUAGUUUUGGGAUUGUUCUUUUUGAAAUUAUUGGAAGGAGAAGACAUUUUGAUGCUAAUCUUAACGAGUCUCGACAAUGGCUUCCAAAAUGGACAUGGGAUAUGUAUAAGAACCAUGAACUUGAAGUAAUGUUGUAUCUCUGUGGGAUUCAAGGGAAGGAUAAAGACAAGGCGGAGAGAAUGUGUCUUGUGGCUCUGCAAUGCAUUCAAAAUUCCCCUGAUGCAAGGCCUUUGAUGAGUGAUGUGGUGAAGAUGCUAGAAGGAGGUAUGGAAAUAGUGCAAUUGAUUGAAAACCCAUUUGAAUCUGGCAGUCCAAACAUUCCACUGUCUUUUGGAAGUGAUGGAGACAACUAUACGCAUGUUUCUGAGAAAUCUUCUCUCCGACCUAGAAAUGGAAUGGAAAUUGAGUUAGCAAGUCGUUAGCUAUGGUCUAAGUUUAAAGUAUAAAUGAGCAAAGCCGAGUUCGAACCUACUAGCAUGAUUUGAAUUCUAUACGAAACUCAACAAGCUUGAAAAUUUUAGAGGUCAAACUCGACUUGAGACUCGAGUUCAAUUUGAAAAAUUUUGGACUCGAAUAAGCCUAAAAUAAAUUUAUAUAAAUGUAUGUAUAAAUAGUUCGAAAACGCUCAUGGGCUUUCGAUUGAAUAUUAUUAAGAGCGAGCCGGCCUAGACUCAGGCUUGAGCUUAAUUUAAGCCAAAUUUUUUGAACUUUUUUCGAGCCGAGCUCGAACAGUUCACAAACUGGAAAUAUCUUUAUCUCUCUCUUUCCUAUAUUUGUACUUAAUCAAUUUUUUUUCUACUUCCAUUAUAUGUAGAUUUCAUUAAUUCAAGUUCUCUUUAAAGCAAUUAUUGUUCUAUAAACUCUUUUUC